AAAAGUGCACUUGGAACCACUUUUGUCAAUUUUUCUUAAACCCUUUAUCAUGGCCUUUGUCCCUGUGUUUAUUCGCCCUUUUCAUCGAUCGGCGGACGCAGCCCUUUGUCAUCUUUCUUAAACCCUCCCUCUCUCUCUCUCUCAUCGCCUCCCUUCCUGCUUAAACUCCUUCACCUCCUUUUCCCCUCCCUCUUCUUCCUUAUUUCAGUAGCUAUCACCAUUGUUACCCCUGCGAUCCCUUCACGAUGGCACUUUCUGAAAGAAAGGAGUUGGAAAAUGAUGUGGUUAUGGUGAUUCUUCCUCCAUUAACUGAGAAUGAUCCAUUGUACACAAUGAAAAAGGAUGUACUAUUUGCAAAGAAUAUUGAUCUGGCUUUCCGAUUGCAAUUUUCGGAUGUAUCUUGUCCAGGAAAAGUGGUGGAGGUGCUAGAGAAAAUAAUCCAAGCUGCAAGAUGCUUGAACUUGGAUGAGACUGAGCUUUACUUCAUGGAAGAUUAUGAUGAUGGUCCAUUUAGCUUCAGAAACGAAUUGGAAUCUCUCAAUUUAGUGAAGUCUGUCAUAAAUAGGUCAUUUCUAAAUGCCAGUGAUGAUAAAAUGAGGCUUCAGCAGCUUCUAGAGGAGGCAACAAUGGAUAAAUUUAAUUUGCUUGAAAGCAAUUGCAUAGAAGAAAAAAUGAUUAGGUUAUGUGAUUCUGGAUCAGAUAUGCAGUUAUUAGAGUGGGGGCGGAAGCAUGGCGUGAAAUCGAAACUACAAAUUGCUGAAUUUAAUGGUGCUGGAAGAGGUGCUUUUGCUGUUGAAGACAUUGACGUUGGGGAAGCUGCUUUAGAGAUUCCUCAAUCUAUUGUCAUAAGCGAGCAACACAUUUAUGAAUCAAAUAUGUUUAAUAUAUUCAAGGACAUGGUUGGGAUUUCAUCAGAGACAAUGCUGUUACUAUGGAGUAUGACGGAAAGAUGCAAUCCCGCAUCAAAAUUCAACACCUACUUUGACACGUUGCCGAAGGACUUCAAUACUGGGUUAAGUUUUGGGCUGGAUGCACUUGCUGCAUUAGAAGGAACUCUGCUUCUUGAAGAAAUAUUGCAAGCAAGAGAGCACUUAAGGAAGCAAUAUGAUGACUUAUGCCCUCCACUAUGUGCUAGGUUUCCUGAUAUAUUUAGGCCCGAGUUAUACACUUGGGAUCAAUUUCUAUGGGCAUGUGAGCUUUGGUACUCUAAUGGUAUGAAGGUUGUUUUCACUGAUGGUCAAUUAAGGACGUGUUUGGUGCCUAUUGCAGGAUUCCUCAAUCAUUCAUUAUGGCCACAUAUAUUGCAUUAUGGUAAGGUUGAUGCAGAGACUGGAGUACUAAAGUUUUGUGCCUCAAGACCAUGCAGGCGUGGAAAACAGUGCUAUUUAAGCUAUGGACCCUUUUCUGGUGCUCACUUUGUUAAUUUUUAUGGCUUCUUACCAAAAGGAGACAAUCCAUAUGAUUUAAUUCCUUUGGACGUAGAUUCCAGUAGUUGUGUUGAUUGGGCUACCCACAUGGUGCGAGGCACAUGGUUUUCUAAAUCUCACAAACUUCCCAAUUAUGGUUUACCAUCCAAUCUUUUGCUGCAUCUGCAAAAAGCUAUGUUACAGUGCGAAGACAACUUGUCACCAACAGAUAUUCUUGCAGAGGUACAGAAAAAGUCCGAUAUUGAAAGGGCUGUGCUGGAAACAAUUAUGUCUAUCUUCAGUUCCAUGUUGGAGUCACUGGGUGGGACCUGCGAUGAAUUUGAUAGGGAAACCAUAAGUUGGGAUGUGAAGUUGGCAUUGGAUUUCAAAGAUUUGCAAAAGAGAAUUGUUUCAUCUGUCGUGGAAUCCUGUUCAGCUGCACUGCAAGAGUUGGAUGAUCUACGCUCGAAAACUGAUUAGUGAGGCCAAUAGUCAGUUCUGUUACAAUUUCAUGGAGAUCUGCAACUCCAACCAAUAAUUAUUCUGGAGGUAUGACUGUGUAUGCCUUGUGGGUCUAUUGCUGCCAGCCAGAACGAGGGCCAGACUUUCAUUUCAGUCCACUUUGGUUUACUUAGUAAGACUGCAUUUAUUGACUCAGAUGGUUGGAUUCCUUUUUAUCUUUUGUUUUCUCUUCAAGGAGGGAAAAUCUCAAGCUGUGCCACCAAAACUUGGAUAAGCAACACCCGCAUUCAAAUUUGUCAUCAGUCCUGUAGUCGCUACUGUUGUUUAAGUUGGUGGAGAUUUUGCAAGAAAGAAAAUUUGACUUGGCAUAAGAUUUGUCAGAGUAUGUUUGUAAUUUGGACUACUUGUAUCCUUGCUCUGGAGUAUCAUAUUAGCAUUAACGUAGAAAUAUGACGUCAUAUUCUUGAUGGCUGGGCGACAAACCAAGCUGCUUAAAACUCUGCUUGCCAAGAGCUUGUUGGUGCCCGCAGAUUUGGUAAAAUCAAGUUAAGGAUGAGCCACAUGCACGUACACUUCAACUGAUGCCGGUUUGUUUGUUGAUAAUCAAUCUAUUGUUAAGUUGAUAUGGAAGUGUAGAACAACUCCUAGGGAAGCUUCACCCGUAAGUUGGUUUAAACUUUGGGUACUACGGGUUUAUGGUUUGGAAAGGAAUUACUCCUGCCAACCAAAGUUAUCUCGAGACUAGACUGUUGGAGAAGAAAGAACAUAUUCCUGCUUGUCUGGUGGUCAAGUUUCUUGCAUAAGUUGUUGCUGAUAUCGUAAAUUCCUUCUUUUUUGUUUAUUGUUGCUGUAAUCAUGGAGGCAAAUUGUAGGUGUCAUGUAAAAGAUCAGUAGAGAUACUGAUGACGAGAAUGUGUGUUUCAUUGUUACUACCGGGAGUUUUCUUUCUAAUAAUUGUCAAAAUUGUUCA